UGCGCCACGCACCAGUGGGUGUCGUAACUGACGCCGAUAAGUGGGAGUGGGAGCUUGGAGGGGAGACAGUGCAUCGGAACACUCGGUCGGAUAACUUGCUCAUCGUGGGAGCACAUCGUCACAGAACAUCAUGGCAAGCAGUUUAACGAUGGAUCACGCCUUCCUAGCUCGGUCCGUGUGGCCGGGUGACGGUAAAUUUGUGCAGCAUCCCGCCGAGCUUCACACCAGCGUGGUGGUGACGCGCAGCAUCCCCGCGGGGACCAGCUUUGGUCCAUGCGUGCUCCAAAACACAUUUUACGACACCAUCGCUUUCAUUGCGCUGAAAUCCAGCGACAGACGAGCCAAAGCGUGCGUGUUCAAGGUGGACCCAGAGGCCAUGCGUAAUUCCGCCUUGGUGCUGUCGUGGCUCCGGCUGGUGCAGGCUGCGCGCAACGGAGAGGAGCAGAACGCGGAGGCCUUUUUGAAAGGAGGUCAACUCUACGUGCGGACCACCAGGGACGUUCACCGGGAGGAGGAACUGCUGGUGUGGUACGACCUGGAGCUGUGUCACCUUCUGGGCUUCACGGAAACCAGCAGAGGUUCUGGUGAAGAGUUCAAAUGUGUCAGGUGUGAGCAGGUGUUUAAGAAUGAAUAUCCCUUCCUGGCUCAUUGUCGUUUCCUGUGCACCCAAAUCUCAAGCCACGUGUGGAGUCGUGACGUUCACGAUCACAAGCACGUGGAAGUCAAGAAGCAGCGGCGUGUAACAGAUUUCCACAACAUCGCCAGAGAUUUGGAACACAAAAAAAGCGAGACCGACGAUGAUGCUCCUUCCGGGAUUAAACGGAAAUACCCGGAAGUUGUUUACCUCAAAGGCAGGAAAACAGUCCUGUUGGAAAAAACAAAUAUUUCAAAUGAUGACAACAUUACCCAGCUGGGCAAGCUCCAGGACGAGGCUGGAGGAGAUGCAUCUGACUCACCCGUGAAAACAAAAGCUGACAGAACCAAAGCGGAUCAUUUGGGAUGUAAAAAUGCUACUUCUGGAGAGGAGAGGGAAGCCAAAUUGACUAUUACGCAUGAUAGGUUGAUGGAUUCGGAUACAGGAGAGGGUUCCGGUUUACGCUCAAGCACCGGUAGCGCUUUUUCUUUAGUCCACUCCGGCAGUCGAGAACAGAAAAGCGCUUUUUGUAAACCUAGUAAGAGGAUCUCUGAAGGUGAACUGCAUCAGGCUAGCCCAACAACGAUACAUUCAACUGUCCUGGAGGAGAUGAGAGAGACCUUCACCCCCAGGACCGUUUCAGGAUACAACAAUCUGAUGGCUCCAAGCAUCCUCUGCAAUGACGUUCACACGCUGCCUUCCCCCGUCACGCUAAACGCUGCCUUCCAUUACGCAUCGGAGCACUGGUCAAGAACGGCUCAGGUCCAAUCCGCCUCGGCCCUGACAGUCCUCCCGCCCACCUUCACCUCCUUUGGCGUGUCGGUGCAAAACUGGUGCGCCAAGUGCAACCUGUCUUUCCGCAUGACCUCUGACCUCGUCUUCCACAUGCGCUCCCACCACAAGAAGGAGUUUGCUGCAGAGUCCCAAGUGAGGAGGAGGCGGGAGGAGAAGCUCACCUGUCCUAUCUGUCACGAGUACUUCCGAGAACGACACCAUUUGUCCAGACACAUGACGUCACACAACUGAGACCACCCUGGGCAGAAGAAAGAUGUAUUCUUUUACGGAGGUUUCGCUAUUUAAUAGAUUUAGAAUCCAGGAUUCACAACGAGACUUUGAUGUUUAACAGUGAAUGUAGAUAACUGUAAUAAAAUAGCAUAUGGCCAAUACAGCCUUGUCCGCUAGGGGGCGGCAGAGGUACAUCGACGCUGACCUCAAAGGUACUUCAGGCCUGUGUGUUGAUGGUCUGCUGAUGACUUGGUGCCUUAAGGAGCUCAGGAUGGAAAAUAGAUGGGAGAUGUAGAGGACAGCUCAUGAUUGUCACGCAUAUCUCCAAGCGGUCCUCUUAUUAUUAUUUAUCCUGCUUUGUACAUGCAAUGUGUGUGUUUGCACCUUUACAAAUCUACUUUUGUCAACAUGAAAUAAUGCGUGUGUGUGUUUUUAAAUACCUCUACAUUUUAGUUUUGCAUUUCAACAAUAAAUAAUUUAUUGUAUCUUAAAGAACCUCCAUUAGGAAGAAUUGACUCAACAUUUUAAAAUUCGUAAUUUGUAGUGAUUGUUAUAAUACGUAUGAGACCACAAUUGUUGCACAAGCGAAAUGAAAAAGUGAACUGAAAUCAGGCUGAGCAGUAGAUCAGCGUCUUGAUACAAUUGUCAUUCGUCAGCAUAUCUAAAUUAAAUCCACAUCGGGCCUCAGUCGUAUUGUAAUAUUUUUUUUUAUUUCUUUCUCUUUAAUAAAGCAAGCUUUGGAAAAGCGGAUAUGAA